UAUGAUGUUAUUGUAGAUUUUUGGUGUGUUAUAGCCAGCUGAAUAAGUGCCACAGGAGUCAGGUUCAGGCUUCUCAUGAAAAACAGUCGGCUGCCCUAGUUUCACAUGAAUAAAUACUGAGCAAGCCUGUUCCCACCCUCAGUCUUUCUUUCUGUCCACCAACGUUUGAAUCGUCUAUAACCAUGAUGCUCUUCAGUGCUACUUUGUAUCUGGCAUCAACCUGGCUGCUUGUAGAUGCAGGUAUCGCUAAAGAGACUGUUACCACCUGUGUGGACAACGUUGUGCAUCGUUUGAGCUGUGAUUUGGAGAGCGUGAUAAGUGUCGAGACGUCCCUGUACGGCCGCAAGGACAAUGUGACGUGCAAUGAAGGAAAGAGUCCAGAUGAGGUUUCCAACACCAACUGCUCUCUUGUUGGCGUCGCUAAUGUCGUCAAGGAAAGAUGUAAUGGAAAAAAGGUGUGUGAGCUGAGCACAGAUGUCUUUGGCAGAUCUGAUCCCUGCGGGGCCACCGCCAAAUAUCUGCAGACCACCUACACCUGCCUCCCUGCCUUUCACCGCGUGAUAUGUGAGCACUCUCUAUCAGACUUAAGUUGUGAUCAAGGCCAGGUUAUUGUUGUCCAUGGAGCUGAUUACGGACGCAGAGACCAGACCACAUGUCUGUACGGACGCCCAGCCAAUCAGAUCCAAAACACAGCCUGCUCCAGCCCCACCAGCACAGUUGCUGAAAGCUGCCAAGGUAAAAACAGUUGCAUCAUUAAAGCCAGCAACUCUGUGUUUGGAGAUCCUUGUGUGGGCACUUACAAGUACCUGGAGGUGGCUUACCACUGCCAAUUAACUUCCAUAAAACAGAACGAUUAUGUUUUGGCCAAUUUCACAAUAAAAUGCAAAGUGAGCUUUUUCAUUACAAUCUGGCACUUUUCUCUAUCCCUAGUGCUUGCAACAGCUUGCUUACCCAUGGUAUCUGUUGCUGUUACUGAAAAGGCCACAACCUGUGACGACAGCGAUAAUAUCCAGCAUUUGAGCUGUGAUAACGGAGUGAUCAGUGUGCAGUCAGCCCUGUAUGGACGAGCUGACCGACAGAUCUGCAGUGAGGGCAAGUCUCCCAAGCAGCUUGCCAACACACAGUGUUCUCAAGACGGCGCCGUGGGCAUCAUCAAAAACAGGUGUGAUGGCAAGAGGGUGUGUGAGUUCAACACAGGUGACGUCCGCAGCUCCGAUCCCUGCGUCGGCAUCGCCAAGUAUCUGGAGACCAAUUACACCUGCCUCCCAGCAAAUCGUCUUGUCACAUGUGAACACUCCAAUUCACAUUUGUAUUGUGAUUAUGGGCAGGUCAUAUUUGUCUAUGGGGCCGACUACGGACGUCGAGACCGCACCACCUGCUCUUACAGACGACCUGCCUCUCGAACUGAAAAUGUUUACUGCUCAAACCCCACCAACAUAGUGGCUCAAACCUGUAACGGGAAAAACAGCUGCACAAUCAGAGCCCACAACUCAGUUUUUGGAGACCCGUGCAGAGGCACAUUCAAGUACCUGGAGGUGGCUUACACAUGUCAAUAUCUUUGAGUGACUUCAGAAAGAUCUGCAUGAUCAACACAAGAAUUGGAAAACACAUUGUUAGCACAUAUAAUUUUAUUUUGUACAAAAUUAUACCCAGAUUAGUAUAGGUCAUGCUAAUGUGUAAUGUCUGUAAUUGGACCAGAUUAUUUGAUUAUAUGAUUUUUUUUUCAGCAGAUGUUGGCAAGUGUAUUUGGUUCCCAUUGAGGAGUUACAUUACUCAGGUCUGCCUAAAGAAUUAAAACUGUCAAGAAAUAAUGAAUUUAGCAUCUAUGUCAUUGUUGUGUUCAUGAUUAGUUUUUUCUGCCUGAACUCCACAUUCUGGCUCAGUUACCAUGUUGUCCCCUGCACGAGAGAAAGGAUUAUGCCAAAAAAACGAAAUAGAUAAAUAACGAAAGUUAAAGAAUUAAAAUAAAUCUGUGAAAAUGCAAGAAAAAGUGACCAGUAAAAGUAAGCGACACUGACCAAUGGGGGUUUGUGUGCAUAAAAAAAAAAAAAAAAAAAA